AAAUAUUCAUUUUUCUAGCUCUGGUCGUUUGUAUUUUUCAGGCUAAAAGAAAGAAAAUAAGAAAGAAGAAAACCCAAGCAAUUCUGCGUGUUAUGUGUUAUCGUUGUGAUCAGUGAUCCAGUGAUCAAGUGAAAGUGAACACAAGAACGUGAGAGAAAGCCAAGUGAAUCAGCUCGACUCCAAUCGAAAAGGAUAUAAAUCAGAGACAAUGUCGGACAUUGAGGAUGUUUUCGGUGGCUCCGCCGAGGAGACCAAGCCCGAACCCGAUGCCCAGAGCAAAACCAGCGUGGUCACCGAGCACACCGAGGAGGUGAUUCCCGGCGAGACCGAGAAAAUGGUAACGGAGACCAUCGAUGAGGAUGGCGAUGUCGUGGAGGAAACCACCGAAGUUACCCGCAAAACGGUGAAGCGCACCAUGAAGAUCACUGAGACUUCUGCCACCACAAAGACAACCACGCUCACCACCCCCGCCAAACUGUAUGGCAAGGAUCUGAGUGAGUACGAUGAUGUGGAUGUGGAGAGCCUGCUGGCCCAGCUCUCCCCCGAGGAGAUAACCAUACUGGCCAAAGAAGUGGAUCCCGAUGACAACUUCCUGCCGCCAGACCAGCGCAAUAGCUAUGAGUGCACCAAGGAAGCCACCGGGCCUCUCAAUCGCAAGCAGCUGAUCGAGCACAUCAAUAAGCAGGCCAUCGAGACCCCGGAUCAGCCGGAGUUCGAGCCGUUCGUUCAGGGCAAGGUUCGUGGAAAGAAGUGGGUCCCACCGCCAAGGGAUGCCCGCGACAUCGAGGCCGAAGAACAAAUCGCCAUUGACAUGGGCGAGGAGUACGAACACGCCCUUAACGAUGCCACGCAGGAGGAGAUCAUCGAUCUGGCCGCCAUCCUCGGCUUCCACUCGAUGAUGAAUCAGGACCAGUACCACGCCUCCUUGCUCAACAAGGGUCAGCCCGUGGGCCUGGGAUGGGAUGGCAUUACGAAAUCCACUCAGCAGAAGCUCUUCCCUAUGGAUCCGCCCAACAACACAGAUGUGGAGGAAUCCAUCAAGCGGGUCAAGGACGAUGACUCCAAGCUGAUUGACCUCAACUUGAACAACAUUAAGAACAUCUCGGACGAGAAACUCGAGCAACUGUUUGCCGCACUGCCUCAGAACGAACAUUUGGAAGUCCUCUCGCUAACAAAUGUGGGCCUCACCGACAAGACAGCCCUCCUGUUAGCCGCGGCCAUAGAGAAGAGCAAAACCCUGAGAGUAUUAAAUGUCGAGACCAACUUUAUCAGUCCGCCCGUGAUUGUUAAGUUGGUGCAAGCCCUGCUCAAGUGCCACACCAUCGAGGAGUUUAGGGCCUCCAAUCAGCGGUCUGCGGUUCUGGGCAACAAGAUCGAGAUGGAAAUCACCGACCUGGUGGAGAAGAACUCGUCGCUGCUGCGCCUUGGCUUGCACCUGGAGUUCAACGACGCCCGCCACCGAGUGGCCGCUCACCUGCAGCGCAACAUCGACAGAAGUAAGUUGACCCUAGGGAUUGACAGAUGACCCGGGCGGUUACUUUCACUCCCGGCGAUCUGCAGGCGAUCAGCGUUGGUUUCGCAUAUAGUUCCACUACUGCUCCCUUCGAUAGGAUUAGGUAUAUUUCUUAUUGACUGAGUUGCCUCACUCGCGCGUUUAGGUGAAUUGCAACAAGGUAUGUUAGCCAGCGGAAUCACCAACAUCGCUUUGCCAUCAUCCAGCAAUCAAUCGUCACUCCAUCACGACCAUUCAGACUCAAAGGCGGCCAAGGAUAUUUCACCCACUAGGUUGAAGAGCCUGGCUGCCUUCGAGCAGUUCAUCAAGGCGCGCACCUGGACCGAUCCUUCAGAUACUGUAACCCAUAACUUGCCACCUGCAGGGCGUCUAGUGCGCAAUCUACAGGCGGAGGCAUCUGCAUCCACAUCCGGAAGUGGAGCCGAGAAGAAGAUUUAAUGAGCGACCCCACUUGGUAACCGAGCUCUACGUUCUGUUGUUGCGUCUUCCCAGCCCCACUUUAGUCUAUCUUAUUAUCUAUUUUUCUAUUGUGUCUGGUAACCAGGUAAUCCGUUCUUGGCCUUCAUUAGCCUCAUCGUCACUCCAGAUCUCCAGUCUUAACCCCAUCGUCUUACAUUCUCAUAUCGUAUCACCAGCCUUCGUUGCGUUAUCGUUCACGUUUCGUUAUCAAGUUAUCGUUCGUUUCACCUGUCGUUAUCGUUCUGGGUUAGGGGCACUUCGUAAGAUAUUUUAAAAUCUGAUUAAGAUGGUUGUCAUAGGUAAAUUAAUAGCACUGAAGAAUUAAAAGAAUUUCUCAUUUAAAGGCCUGUCAUACUUUAAAACCUCCUCUAUUUAGUGCUAAUAUUUUAAUAUAAAUACAUAUUUAAUUGUAAGAGGGUUCAGUACGUAUAUCAUUCUUCCAUAUCCACCCGAUGCUAACCCAUGUGUUACCCCUAUAGAUUAGAGCCGGGAUCUCGAAAGGUUGAGAUCGAUCCCCCUAUGUAAUAUUCCGUGCCAACCCUUGUUUCUCUCUCGUCUCCAAACUCUUGUAAUUACCAUAGAUUGUAAAGUGACUUCCGCCAAGAAGAACAUUAACCAAUUAUCCAUUUGUCUGUUGUAAAUUUGCAACACUCCUCUCAAACUCGAAACACCCAAAAUCGACACUUCGACAGUCUUCCGCGUUCAGAAACUAAAGCCCAAUCUACCCAAGUUGAUCCUGCCGGGCAACAUGGAGAUUGAGCGGGAUCUGGUCGCCUAUAACCGAUCGGCCACGCCUUCUCCGUCGCCAUCUCCGCAGCCUCCAGUGGAUUAUGAAGUGGAAGAGGACCCGGAUAACAUGGUUAUCCGGGGUGGCGGCGAUGCCUUCGAUCCGGAUGUCGAUCCCGACAACAUGGUGGUGCCGGGCAGUCGCUCCGUGACACCGAACUACGACGAUGAGGGUGUCUAUCAAGCGCACACGUGAGUGAGAAGUCGAGCAGCCACUGCAGCCGCACCGUCGGAGCCACUGAAUGCCACAGAACACGACUGAAAACCACAGAAAUCCACUGAAUCCACAGCUACCACAAGUUCGAGCCCAUGUACAGACAGUCAUUCGAUCCACUAGCGCCUUUCCCUUUUCUGACUCAUUGGUUAUGUAAUCCUCGAUGUUGUCGUUGUCGUUGCCCGAAAAGUACACUGAAACACCUGGACUCUGGAUGCAGUCCAUCGAUCUUGCUGACCAAGAAUUUGUACAUACCCCAAAAUGAAAACCGCGCUUUAAAAAGCCCAGCAGAAUAGCCAUCGGUAUUCAUUCCUUAACAAAAUAGCUUAUGAACUAUAGCGAAAGUAUUCUUACAUUUAUUUUCCUUUUCGUUUAUGAGUCUUAGCUUCAGAUUAAAUGUAAAAUUAUGUAAACGUUAAGCACAAUGUGAGCUAUUUUGUUUAGAAAAAUACCCCAUCGAUGGUACAUUUUGGUGAUACUUUUGUACUGUGCAGAAACCGGAAACUGAUUCCAGCACAGCCCACUUGUUUAUAUCUGUUUCCAUGUCGUCGUUGUCAGCCGCUUUAUCCAUUCGCAGUUGAUCCGUGUAAAUAAUCCCGUCACGAUCCUCUCUCAUUCAGAUCAGAUGCGUGCUAUUAACCCACACCCGUGCACAUCCACAUACACACUCUCAUCGCAACACUGUCUGUUUUGUUACUAUGUAUCUUUCUAUAUCCCAAAAAACAGACGAACCCAGAGAUAUCAGCCAAAGACGAUUCAGAAUUCAGUUCUCGAGACAGUCCAGAAACAUUAUUAUUACUUCUCUUUCCUUUUGUGACUCGUCUAUAUCACCUUUUGCUUAUGUGUUCUGUUCUCUCUCCCUUUUUCUGUUUCUCGUUUUCAGUAAGAAAAGAUCUUGAGUUGCGACUGCAGUUCAGAUUUUUCAAUAAUCUGCAUAGAAAGUCGACAAGAAUUCAAUAAGCAGACCAGAAAUCAAGCAACUAAACCAUUUUUAAAGCGUUUUGUAAUCUAAACCCAAAGAACCGAAGAAAAACAAGCACAUAACAACGAAAGAACGUGUAUAAUAUAAUAUAUAUAUAUAACAAGAAGAAGGAAGCAGGAGCACAAGUUUAAGCUAAAGAUAAAGCAGCCCACGAGCUUGCCAAAAAAUCUAUAUCUAUAUACUCUAGAGACUUUAACUAAGCAAAGCAAACUGAAACCAAAGAAACGAAGUGAAAUAUCAAACUAAAAACAUAUACCACAUAUAUCGAUAAAGAUCGCAGAUCGAGCAGACUCGUGAUCCAUGGAUAUAGCCUAAUACCCAUGUGCCACGAGUCAUGUUUUAGGUCGAGGCCUCUUCUAAAACCCAGCAGAAACCGUUUAGGCGUCACGUGUAUAAUUUUCUCUAACGCUUAACACAGGUAUCUAUGAACACGGAUUGUCCUCUCACGACUUCUGCUAACUCGCAAGAAUUGCCAAAUAACCAAGCCCCAAGUAGCAACCAGCAUUCUGCUAUAUAUAUUGCCUCGAUAUAUAUGGUCUAUAACUAGCUUCAGCAGUUUUUCGAUUAGAGUGGGACACCACACUGCACUUGGCUAAACAAAGAUCUUUUUAUACUCUUGCAGACAAUAAUCAGAAAGGUCCAGAAGGUCCGUGUAUCUGAAAGUUUAUAAAACUUAGGAAAUUAUAUAAAAAAAAGCUGACAUAUCUUGUUAGAUCUUCCAACACAUAAUUAUAAUUUCAAAAUUAC